GGAUUUUUCCGGGUGCCCUGAGGCAGGCUUUAAUGUUUUGGUAUGACUUGCUUUCUGUUUUACCGCGGGAUGCUAUGAAGGCCGCUCAGUCAAGCUCCGAAGUUGUGACAUGGAUGCAGUGACCUAUGAUGAUGUGCAUGUGAACUUCACUCGAGAAGAAUGGGCUUUGCUAGAUCCUUCACAGAAGAGUCUGUACAAAGAUGUGAUGCUGGAGACCUACAAGAACCUCACUGCUAUAGGCUACAAUUGGGAAGACCAUAAUAUUGAAGAACAUUGUCAAAGUUCCAAAAGACAUGGAAGGCAUGAAGGAAGUCCUGGAGAGAAACCCUCUGAAUGUGGUAAAACCUUUGCAUGUCACAGUUAUCCUCAAAGACAUGAAGGACAUCAUACUGGAGGGAAAUCUUGCAAAUGUAAUGGAUGUGGUAAAGGCUUUGCCUCUCAUGGUCAACUUCAAAGUCAUGAAAGAAUUCACACUGGAGAGAAACCCUACAAAUGUAAUGAGUGUGGUAAAGCCUUUGCACGUCAUUUUAAUCUUCGAGUUCAUGAAAUAAUACAUACUGGAGAGAAACCCUACAAAUGCAAUCACUGUGAUAAAGCCUUUGCAAAUCACAAUAAUCUUCAAAAACAUUUAAGAAUACAUACUGGAGAGAAGCUGUAUAAAUGUAAUCUGUGUGAUAAAACCUAUGCAUGUCACAGUCAUCUCCAAACACAUAAAAGAACACAUACUGGAGAGAAGCCCUAUGAAUGUGAUCAAUGUGAUAAAGCCUUUUCACAACAAUGUUCUCUACAAGUCCAUAAAAGAACACAUACUCGAGAAAAGCCCUAUGAAUGUGAUCAAUGUUGUAAAGCCUAUAGAUGUCACAGUCAUCUCCAAAUACAUAAAAGAACACAUAGUGGAGAGAAGCCCUAUGAAUGUAAUCAGUGUGGUAAAGCCUUUUCACAACACUGUAAUCUCCAAAGACAUAAAAGCACACAUACUGGAGAGAAACCCUACCCAUGUAAACAAUGUGGUAAAGCCUUUAUAUACCAUUCUGAACUUCAACGUCAUGAAAGAGUUCAUACUGGAGAGAAACCCUACAAAUGUAAUCAGUGUGAUAAUGUCUUUGCACACCAUUGUAAUCUUCAAGUUCAUGAAAUAAUACAUACUGAAGAGAAAACCAACAAAUGCAGUGAUAAAGCCUUUUCACAACACAAUACUCUCCAAAUACAUAAAAGCACACAUACUGGAGAAAAACUGUAUGAAUGUGAUCAAUGUGGUAAAGCUUUUGCAUAUUUUAGUUGUCUUCAAAUACAUAAAAGAACACACACUGGAGAGAAACCCUAUGCAUGUGAUCAAUGUGGUAAAGCCUUUGCACAACACAGUUGUCUCCAAGUACAUAAAAGAACACAUACUGGAGAGAAACCCUAUAAAUGUGAUCAAUGUGAUAAAGGUUUUGCAUCUCAUGGUAAUCUCCAAGUACAUAAAAGAAGACAUACUGGAGAGAAACCCUAUGAAUGUAAUCUAUGUGGUAAAGCCUUUGGAUAUCAUAGUUGUCUUCAAAGACAUAAAAUAACACAUACAGGAGAGAAACCUUAUAAGUGUAAUCAGUGCAAUAAAGCCUUUGCACAACACAGUGACUUACAAGUGCAUAUAUUAACACAUACUGGAGAGAAACCUUACAAAUGUAAACAGUGCGGUAAAGCCUUUGCAUCUCAUACUUAUCUCCAAGUACAUAAAAGAACACAUACUGGAGAGAAACCCUGUGAAUGUAAUCUAUGUGGUAAAGCCUUUGGAUAUCAUGGUCAUCUUCAAAUACAUAAAACAACACACACUGGAGAGAAACCCUAUGUAUGUAAUGAAUGUGGUAAAGCCUUUGCAGGUCAAAAUGAUCUUAAAAGACAUGAAAGAAUUCAUACUGGAGAGAAACCUUACAAAUGUAAUCAAUGUGGUAGAGCCUUUGCACGUAAUGCUAGUCUCCAAAUACAUAAAGCCACCCAUACUGGAGAGAAACCCUAUGAAUGUAAGCAAUGUGGUAAAUCCUUUGUCUCUCAUGGUCAACUUCAAAAGCAUGAAAGAAUUCAUACAGGAGAGAAUCUCUAUGAAUGCAAUUUGUGCAAUAAAGCCUUUGCACAACACAGUCAUCUCCAACUGCAUAAAAUAACACAUACCGGAGAGAAAUCAUACAACUAUAGUCAAAGUAAAGCCUAUUCACAAUCAAGUAACUUCCAAGUAGAUGAAAGAACGCAUACUAGAGAGUAACAUUAUGGAUGUAAUCAAUGUAGUAAAGCCUUACAGGUCACAGUGAUCUUCAGUGGUGUGGUGGUUUGAAUAUGCUUGGCCCAUGACAAGUUGCCCUCUUAGGAGGUGUGGCCUUGCUGGAGUAGGUAAGACCUUUGAGGAAGUGUGUUGGUGUGGGCUUUGACAACCUAUGCUUAAGCUCCAUCCAGGGCAGAAGUCUCCUCCUGGCUGCUUUCUGAUCAGGAUGUAGAACUCUUUGUUCCUCUGGUACCAUAUCUGCUUGGACACUGCCAUUCUUUCUGCCAUGAUAAUAAUAGACUGAAACUCUGAAUCUGUACUUUACCCCCAAUUAAAUAUUGUCCUUUAUA